AUGAAGUCUUCUAAACAUGGAGCUCAGAAACAGCGCCACAACCCAGUGGACAGCAUCUGCAGGAAGAUCAAAUCCAUCCAAAUGAUGGACCAAGUCUCCAACCCGGCCUUGCAGAUACCAAAAUUUCAGUCCCAGAACUUUGACAGCCCUCAGAGCAAUAUGAAAAAAAAUGUGGAAGAAAUACUGAAAGGGAGAAGCUGCAGUAGUGGUGGGAGCACUUGCUCGCCCUUGGUCUGCCCUGGCAGCAGCAGCGUUUUCUCUGUGCCCUCGCCGGGUCUCGGGGCCAGCUCCAAGCACCAGACUGCAAACAGAACCUAUUCCAUGCUGGAGGGCAGUGAGAGAUCCAGCAGCUCCUGGGUGCCUUCUUCUCCUGUGGGGAGCUCUUCUCCAUUCCACUUUGGAGCCAGGGAGGCCAAUGUCCAGGGCAAGCCGUGUGCUUCAGCAAAUGCUGAACCCCAAGAUGUGCGGCCCAAGCAGAAGUAUCUGACAUCAAGUCCCAAUUUAUGUUUCUUCACAUCAGAAAAAAAGCCAGGAAGUGCUGUGGUCCAGCUUCCUGUGCCAAGGGCAUUUCCUUCAAGUGAAACAGGAAAGAGGCAGCCUGUGUGGUACAAAGGUGACAAUAUGUGCGACAUGAGCUUGAUCUGUAACGAGAACCUGCUGACCACCAUCUUCUGGGCAUGUGACAGCCACCACACAGGGAAAGUGGCAGUGUCUGAGAUAAUCAAUUAUUUGAGACAUACGACCAGUCGGGACUCAGAGGACAGUGGUCUUGAGGAGCUCUGCAACAAGCUUGACCCAGAGCACAAAGAUAUCUCCAUGGACCUGGAAACCUACCACGCCGUCAUGGGAGAGUGGAUUGAAGACCGUAACAGAAAAUGGGAAGAAGGUGCUACUGAGAAAUCAUCAUCAAGCACGGAAGACUUGGAAUCUCAAGUACCUAAAAACAUCUCUAAAGCUGACAAGUCACAUGUCCAGAUGAAUGUAACCUCAGGAAGCCUGGAGGCCUUUGGGGGUGAUGUGUCUAAAGGAGACAUGGAGACCUCUGACUUGAUAACCUGCCUUGCGGAUCUGCAGUACAACAACCAGAAGCUUCAGGAAGAGAGCAACAAGCUGAAGCUCACCCUGGAAGCUUUGGAUGAGACCAACGGCAAGCUCCUGGCAGAUAAUGAGCAUCUAUGUCAACAAUUAAAAAGCCUCCAGCACUCUGUAUUGAAAAUGAAAUCCCUGGAAGAAGAGCUAGAGGAAGCAAGAAACAACCUGAACGUGUCAGAAGAGGAAAGAAAGCAGAUUCUUUGCCACAACAGACAGCUAGAAAAAGAAAAUCGGUCUCUCAAUAGCAAAGUUACUUCUCUCCAGGAAGAGAUUAUUAGGAAUAGCAUGGACACCAAUGGGCUGCAAAAGAAGAUUUUGGAGCUGUCUAAAAAUGCAGCAGAGCUUCAAAUCCAAGCUCGUAUCUAUGAGAGCACUGUGGCCAAUAAAGAGGCAAGCAUAAUCCAGAAGGAGCAGGACAUCAAGGAACUCGAGUUAACCAUUGCGGAGUAUUCCUCAAUCAUAGAGACACUGAGAGCUGAAAAAAAUAAACUGCUGGAGAACAUCCAACACAUGCAGCAAGAGCUGAUCUCGCAUGGGUUGAGUUUACCAUUGUUGUAUAAAUUUAACAGCAAUAUUCCUGAAGGGACAAGCACACUGCACUGUGAACUGGAGCUUGCAGAGUCUUCUGAGAUUAUCAGGACCGAACGGGCAUCCCUGGACGAAACACUGGAUCGUGAAGUGCAGCUUUUGCUUCAGGGGUCUGAAUAUGCAGGAGAAAAAUUCAAGACCAUCAUGAAAAACCUGGUCAGUAGCAAAGCUAACUGGCAAGAGGAAAUCUCUGAAGCAGAGGAGCUUGUCAUGGUUUCAUUAGAAUGGGUAGAAGAUCCUGAUGAGGACAUGCAACAGGCCUGGGAAAGAAAACUUGUGGUCCUCAAGCAAGAACUAGGGGAAAAAAGACACCUUUGGACCCAGAAACUCCAGCUUUUGGAAAAAUGCAAUGAGUCCUUAGAGGAGGAUUUUAUUCGAGUGGCAGACAACCUAAGGAGAACCAAGACAGAAGAACUUCACCUAAGGAAAAAGCUCUCUGCUAGCCAGCGCAAGGUAGAAACUGCCAAACAGCUACUAGAAGAAACUUUGGCAGGUGGCCAGGCAGAAGACCUGUGUUUAGAGCUGCAAAAAGCCAGCAAGCAGCUGGAGGAUAUCAGCGAGCACGCGGAGGAUCAAGCUGAAGCAUUUCACUCUGCUCAUGAAGAAGCAGCAUCCUUGAAGAUCAAGUUGGAGGAAGCCAUUUCUGAGAAGCAGAAGCUCAGGGAUGUGAAUGCUGCUUUAGAAAGCACUUGCCAAUUGCUUCAGGAGAAGGUGGAAGACCACAAAACAACUGCUAAUGCCCUGAGAUGGGAACUGCUGCAGAGGCGUCUCUGUGAAUUGCUGUGCCAGUGCUGUGCAGAGUCAGAGUCUGACUGCGCUCUGCUGCCCACGGUAGCUGCACACGUAAAAGGGAAGCAGCUCCACUGCUCCAAAAGACCAUGGAAUGAAGGACCCACCUCGUACUCUGACUUUCCCUGGGCACUGCCCUUGGGUGCUUCACGCUGGCACAACUCCCCUUUGCUAGAUGCUCUGACCUUGGAGACCUCCUGCCCAAAUAACCCUCCUGGGCACAGCUGGGACCAGCCUUGCAGGCAGAGCUCUGGCAGCUGCACCUUGGAGAGGCAUGAUGUUGGACAUGUGUCCAGCUCAGAUGUGACCUCAGGAGGAUGCAGGUGGAAAAUAUGCUCUGCUGAUGACUACACUGAUGCAGACCUUCCUGUUUCCAUUACAAUGAUGGACUCUUCACUUGCUGAGAUUGACCAUGAGGAGUCAACACCACCAGCCAUGCUGAUUGCAUCCAGUGAUCACUUACCAUCAGCCCAAGAAGCUCUUGCAUCCUCAGUGGAAAGCACAGCACUGGUACCAGGCUGCCUUGCUAUGGAGGAAAGCUCCUCCAAGGGCUUACAUGAGAGAGGGGAAGAUGUGCCAACUUCUGUGGCAGUGGAGACAAGCAGCAGUAAGGAGCCAGCUGCUCCCAUGGCAGGACCAAGUCAGAUCACAAGGGAAUCCUCCCUGGCCACGGAAGAACACAAGCCUGUGUUUCAAAAUGUUUUGAAGCAAGACCUGGAAGCGGACCAGGAAAAGAAAAAUAACAAAGAGCGGAGUGAGGAAGCACUAGCUGUGGUUCCCAGCAGGAAAGGGAGUUCACCCACUGCAGGUGGCGUUAAAGGAGAUAAAACCAAGCAAAAUGAUCCUGACUCCCCAAAUGAGAAGGAAGUGGAGGCUGAAUUUCUGAGGCUGUCUUUAGGUUUUAAGUGUGACUUGUUUACCUUGGACAAAAGAGUGAAGCUUGAAGAGAGGUCCCGAGACCUGGCUGAAGAAAACUUGAAAAAGGAGAUCACAAAUGCUGUGAAUAUGUUAGAGGCUUUAGUUCCUUUGUGUGAAGAAGAUAACCAGGCACAGGAGAUCAUUAAGAAGCUGCAGAAAAGCCUGCAGUUCCUUAGCCAAUACGCAGCUCGAGUUGCCAGCAGAGCAGAGAUGUUGGGAGCUAUUAAUCAGGAGAGCCGGGUGAGCAAGGCUGUGGAGGUGAUGAUCCAGCACGUGGAGAACCUGAAGCGCAUGUACGCCAAAGAGCACGCCGAGCUCGAGGAGCUCAAGCAGGUCCUGCUCCAGAAUGAGAGGUCCUUCAGCUCCCUUGGAGACAGAGAUGAAUCUAUGAAUAAGAAGCUACCAGGUCCUUUUAACUUUAAGCCCUCGUCAGCCCUGAGGAGAGUUAGCAUUGCAACAGUGCCCAGGAGCGCUGGGAUUGCAGGGAUUGGGGUGCCACUGGCACAGUUCCAUGAACCUGAUGGGGAUGAACGGAGUGACAGAUUCAGCAGGCGAUCAAGCAGUUGGGGCAGGCUAGGAGUGAAGCAGAAUGAGAAGCGCCCUUCACUGCAGAGGUUCCUCAGCACCUAUUCCUGGGCAGAGUAUGAAGAGGAGCCUUUUGAAACCAAGAAUGAGCAGUUGGAAUCACCUGCUGAAGUACAGGAACAACCAACUAGGAAGGAAAGUGUCUCUGAAAAAGGAAAACACCCACCCAAAUGGACCCUGGAGUCAAUGUACAAUUCGAUGUCAGCGCGGGCGUCCCACCUCAAGGCUUCCUUCUGCAACGCCAACAAAACCCUCUGGGCGUCCAUGUCCAUCCUGGUCCUGCUGGCUGCUCUCACCAGCUUCCUGGUGGGGCUGUCCCUGCAGAGGCCAGCAGAUGCAGCCCCUGUGUGCAGUGGGAAUGCCUGGAGGACGCUGCAGCAGCUGCUGUGGCCCUACAUAAGACUGCGGCACUUCGGCCCUCCCCCGAUGUAACCCCGGCUCUGCUGCCGGGGCUGUGCUCUGCAGGACAGGAGCUGAAGCUGGCCUUAUUUAAGGUUACUUGUCUGGGUUUGUUUUGUUGGGUUGUGGGUAUUUUUGGGGGGACAGAUCAAGUUUUUUUCUUUAAAGCAUGACUUGAAAUGAAAAAAAAAAAUUCCUAUUCUGACAAAAGUCAUCUUUAAAAGUAGCUAAAAGGAUCUCAGCUCUACUGAGGUUUACAAAAGAACAGCAAUUUUGAACGUAACUAACAAUAAACAUGUCUAGGUGGUCUGGCCACAAUUGAAUAAAGAAUUUAUUUUGCUUGAACAAAGAUAAAAUGUUUGCAUUUCAGAACCUGUUUCAGUGUUUUGAAUAGAAAAGGAUUUAAGACUUGAAAUGUAACUUUAUUGAAAGCUUUUGAUAAUAAAGUUUUGAAGGAAAGCAUGCAGUAGUAUCUAAGAGUAUGCUAAGACUCUGGUAGCGAGGAGCAGCUGAUACACAGAAUCAAUGAACAGGCAGCCAGCUCUUUCCACUUUAUCCAUGGCUUCAUUGCUGGCAGAAUCCUUGACCAUAUGGUAGAGUGUGGAGUGAAAUUCAGACUCUUCUUCCAGCUCUUCUGAAAAAGCUUCACUGGUUUCAGUGAGCUUGAGGUGUUGCACUUUCUCACCAUUGAACAUCAGCAGAGACCAGUGGUUGCCUUUGGCAGAACCUGCCGUGAGAUGUUCACUCACCUAUUGCAGGAAGAAAGGCACUGAGGUGAAGCCUGUGCCAUUGUCAGAGCACAAAUUCCAAUAUUUGUGUGUCCCAUGCAUUUAACCUGAGAGUGAGACAGCCACUGCAGCUCUCACAGUGGGCUGUGCUGCCUUUGUCCAGCCACACAUGGGAGUGUUUGUCUGGCUGGGAGAAGUUUUAACCAUGUGUUUUAGUUCACAGGUGGAGACAAACCAACAGAGAGGUUGCUCAUUGCCUGCUUUGCAGCAGGGAGCAAGAGAAACCCUCCAGGCAGGAACAAAGUCCCAGCUGUUCUUUAAAAAGCUGGCAGAGCAGAUAGCUGAUUUUCAAGGGGCCUCUGGAGAGCAUGAAGCUCUGUCACCCCAGCUCUGGCUAAAGCCUCCCUUGGGGACUUUUCAGUUCCAUUUGCCUUAGCAAGUGUCUUUGUUGCUGAGCCUUGUGUCCCCUGAGAGCUCUCAGGUGCAGCCUGUGACACUGAACUGAGGCAGGGGCUGAAGCCACCACGGGUGAGUUAAUUGUUUCUAACUGGGGAUGGGGUCAGUGCCAGCCUGCCCUGGAAGUCUGGGACUCCACAAACCUUGAACACAACUUGCUCUGGCCCUGCUUCUCCAUUCCACUUGCUGUGAGCAAAAGCAAAAGCAGCUGAGAGCAGAGCCAUCUGUCCAUAGGCCUUCCCUUCUGCCAGGGCAGCCUGCAGGGCACGAUACAAAUCAGACAAACACAUCUCUCCAUCUCCCUGUGCUGCAGCAGUGCCAGAGCCUGCUUUACUCAGCCCUGCCUCUGCUGGCAGCACAGCAGCUCCCAGGGCAGCAAAGGGUGACCUGAGGGAAAAACAGGGAAAAGCCACCAGGAACUCCUCUGUCACUCACCUUCCUGGGCACAGGGACAUACUUGGGAGAGUACUCUGCUGGGAAAAUGUUCACUCCAGCUCUUUUCAAAGCUGCUCUGAGGGCAAGAGGACUCAUCCAUUUCCCUGUGAUGUGGGAAAGCACCUCCUCCUCUUCCACCACUACUGAAGACAACAUACACUGAUUAUCCUGUUGUACAAACCAGUGAAAGCAACUUAUGGUCAUGGAAGCUCCUUUCUGGUUUAGGCUUCAAAUAUUGAUAUUUUUGCUCUGCUGGGUAUUACCCACAUCAUCUGCUACUCUGGGCUGUGACCUUUCAGCCAGCCUUGUGUAGGAAUCAGAAAUUACACUGGUGUACUGAUUUAUACACCAAUGAACAGAUGGGUAAUCAUGAGUAGCUUGAACUUGGGGAAGAAACAAGGAGCAUGAGUAGUGGGCUGCUAGAACUCCCUGUAUUUCUCUUGGUAGAGCUGGGAGGAGAGGGGAACACUUUUCAGCUCUCUAACAGGUGCAACAGGCUUGAAUGCAGCAAGGCAAAACCAGCAGCAAAGCACUGACUGAAACUUUCCAGAGCAAAUGCACAUUUCUGCUAUGUGAAAUGUACUAUUUCUCAUAGUAAAUAACUGAAAUUAAAUAACCAGUGCAGUGCUUGGAAAGGAAGAGAGAUUCAAAUUACUCUUGUAGAAGCAUCCCAAAUUCUUAAUCAGGGACAAUAAUUAUGGGGCUUUUUAUCUGCAAAUGUUUGAUUAAAAAAUUACUGACAGUACCUUAAUUUGUAUCUGAAUAGUUGCAAAGACUGCAGUAACUGUGAAGAGUCCUUCAUCCACACCAGUAGGGUGCAAUUCCCAGGCCUGAUAGGGCAGGUUCAGGUGAGCAUCCUGGAGAAGGGCUACUGUAUAAAAGUCACCCAUGCUAAAGGUGAUGCUCUUUUCUUCUGCUUCAUAGGUUAUCUUGCUGAUGCCAUCAGUUCUCCACCAUUGGCCUGGACAAAGAGGAUGGAAAGAUGUACAUGGAAGGCUUCUGGCAGUAAUGCUGAAGUAAAACAAACCAAAGAAGUAGUAUAAAAAGAAAAUGUAAAAUCCCCAAAUCAAUUAACAUUCAAAUCCCCAAACUAUUUCUGGGCUCCAAACUGGCCCUUAUCUUUACAGCUGGAUUGUAACAAGAGUCCAACUCAGGUAUAAAUUCCACUAUUCAAAUUUGAAAUAAAUUUUUGUUUUAAGUUCA